GAAAGUGAGUGGAAAAAGUACAUACAUAUAAGUACACUUCCAUAAUGACUUAUGCGUUGUGAAAAAUAAAACAAAAUUCUAUAUACAUCUUUUUAAAAAGAAAAAAAAAAAAAACAAUGUGCCUUUUGAAUAGGUCCUUUCCCGCACAUAUGAGGAAAGUGAAAAUACCUCUACACUUCUCCACAACAGGUAAACCUUUUUAAAAGCUUGUUCAAAGUUGCGCUCAGUACUGAAUGUUCUACUGUCAUUUUGAGAAGCGACGAGAAGGGCCUUCAAAGCGCGUUUUAUAUUCACAAAAAUGAUAACCCAUGUGAGGGGCACAAUAAUGUAAAAGCGGAGCUACUUUAGAAACCUAAUUACGAAUGCUUGCCUUCCUUUUCAUCCUGUUUGUGAGUUGAGACUUAUCGAGCGAUUUGAAUCCCUCCAACGCGACAGCGCAAAUUUCAGCAGUGCAUAUGGUAAAAAGAUUGGAGGGAAAAGAGGCAGAAUGUGGGAGCAGUGGUACACUUCUUCAGUUGAGAGAAAUAACAAAGAAAAAAAGAAUAAACUCAAGGGGUAAUCUUUUCAUCAGUCGCUUAUAUGCGGUCCCAUCCUUUGGGAGGUUAAGUUCAUUCAAGUCGUACGCGCGCAUGUAAAUACAAGUGUGGGGGCGAGUAUAUACGAAUAUUGCACUGUUUUGCCUUCUAUUUUUUAGUGUGGCCGUUUUAACCCGAACCGCUCAUAAUUUAAGACCGACAAAUUAAGACUACCAAUUUAAGACCCCCAUUUUAAGACCCCCAAUUUGCGUCUUGCGAGAGCACAGACUGCACCUCGCACAAGCACAAACAUGCUUCACACAUAUGGGUAGUGUACGGUAAUGCGGUAAUUUUGCAAAGGAAGGUACUUAGCCGAAAAAUUAACAAUUAAACUUUUUUGUUGACAAAGUUUCCCCCCUUUUUGUGCGAACUUUUUUUUUUUGAAUAAAGAGCAUUUGUGAGAUUAUGAGACUGCCAUCUUUGAAGCUAAUUUUUAUCCCCGUCCUGUUUGCAACAUUUUGGAAAAAGUUAAAAUCUCAGAAAAGCAAAGGAGCUGAACCCUUAAAUCAGAUGCCGACUGAUAUGUCCGAAGAGGAGAAGGAAGAAGUGUAUGAUGAGUUUGUGGAAUAUGAUUUGAACAAAGAUGGCCUAAUCGACGCGGAAGAAAUUAUAUCCGUUUUGAAGAAUAUGAAAAAACCAGACUUUGUGAAAUUUUUCUCCAAAGUAGACUUAGACUCCUCAGGAACGAUUUCGUUCAGUGAAUAUAUGGUAUUUGUGAAUUCAAACUAA